AUGGCAUCUUCAGUAGCCCCGGCUCCAGCAUCCAAUCUCGAGACGCUUCUACCGCGGCCCCCGACGCCACCGCGAGAAACAGGCAAAGAAGGCGACGGGUUGGUCAAGUCCAUAUUGAGCCGCGCUCCUUCAUCUGAUCCUCAGGACAGCCUCCAGACUCCGCCGACUGCGAACACACCGACCUCGACCGAUGCGCCCGACUCAAAAUUGAUGUCAAGUAGGACGAGGAAGAAAGUCGUAUGGUCCGCACAUACCGAUUACAAGGACCCAGUUGACUAUCGAUCAAUCGACAAGACUCACAAAUCCUCACCUCUCUCGGUCCCCUCGCCGGCUUCGAGACCUAUCAAAGGCAUUCUCAAACCUUCAUCUUCUCCGAACCGUCUCGCUCUAUCGUCUAGUAGAGAUUUUGAUGCGACCUCAGGCCAGCCUAACAUAAUCGAAAUGUUGGACUCAACAAUCAAGCAGCUGGCCGGCUCUGAUCGAGAUUCAAAACUCGAUGCCUAUAUGAUGCUUUCAAGAGCCCUCAAGGCUUCCAAUAACCUUCCCGAUCGAGUUGCCUUACAAGACAAGAUGAGCCUGUUCAUGCAGUUUAUCCAGCGCGAUAUGACGUCCAAAAGCAGCACUGGAGCACCCGAUUCUUCACUAAUCAACCAUGCUCUGACGCUGCUCGCCACGUUUCUCCAUUUCCCCGCCAUCGCCUCGACCCUCACCUCAGAUUUCGGAGUCUUUGUUAUCGACCACUCUAUCCGCGCGUUCGAAGACACCAACACUCCCAAGGAUGUUGCUCGACAUUUGAUGCAAGUCGUUGCGUUCCAAAACUUUUCCGCCAAAGUCAUGACGUCUGACCGAGUGGGACGACUGGUCACUGCAAUGUAUCAAAUAGAAGACCAUCUCACGGGCAAGAGCAUCGUCAUGAGCAGAAUACAUAUAUACAGGCGUUUGGUCAAGCAGUCAAGCUUGCAUAUGGUUACCCACUCAAACUGGCUCAAGAACCUACUUGCAGAUAUGCUUAGCUCCGUCAAGGAUAUUCGAGUCCAGGCCAUUAGCCUCGCCACUGAAGCUGGGUUUGCCCUGCGAUCUGAGAAGCAGUUGAUGCGGAAAGCCAGCGAAAUAUUCCAAACAACGAACGAAGACCAAGCGUAUAUCGAAUUCUAUAUCCAAAGGUUACAGGAAAUGCUCAAAGACAGGCCAAGCGCUUCAGCUGUACCGCAGAUAUGGAGCGCCAUUAUUCUUUACAUGCGAUGUCCUUUGGAGAGAUGGCAAUACUACGGUCCCUGGCUGACUCUUGUCCAAUCUGCUUUCAACACAACAGAUUUUCUCACGAAACAAGAGGCAAACUUUGCUUGGAAUAGGUACAUCUACCUUACUUUGGCUGAUAGCAAAGCUACCCCAAAGAACCUUGGGACCCUCUGCCAGCCUCUGCUAAGUCAACUUCGGAGACGUGCAAAUCCUAAGCAGUUAGAAGAAACUGUGAAGCUCCAAAGGAUAGUCAUUGGUGGUGUAUGCAACCUAUAUUACUACGCGUUUGCCCCAGGCAAUGUCAAGUUCCCUCCCGACUCAAUAUGGGAUGUUGCUGUCCAGCCUGUGUUGUCACAACUCAUCAGCCUGGAUGAUAAGCCUGAAAUUCCGGGCGAUUGUCUCCUGCAAGCUGGUCGCAUCUUGACAAGUCUUGUGGACGUCGCCACACCUCGUAUCUGGAGACAGGAUCGCAUCAUGGAGACAAGCCCCGCAAAACCUGAUGAACUUCCGCCCCUGGACUCAAAGUGGGUGAGGAAGAACUGUGAUAAGGUUUUCCAAACGGUUGGUCCCCUUCUAGAGAAAAGGUUCCUUGACUUGGCGAAUAAGGACUCUUUGGUAUUCCGCCUAUGGCAUGCGCUGGUCGGCUCAAUUGCGGCAGCUUCGGCGAAGGAUAUCAAAGUCUCAGAAGAUACUGCCAAAUUCUUCGCUCAUGCACUUGGACUGCUGUCUAAGAUGUGGUUGGCUGGAGUACCGGAAGCUGAUAACUCACAUGGCCCGGCAUUUCUAUCUAGCGUCAAACAUUUUAUCGAAGUCCUUGUCAAAGCCCAGGGUAUGCUUCCCUUUACUGAAAAGAAGCUUGCCAUGACGAUUGGCAAUACCUUUGAGCCUAUUGCAACACCAUCUCAGAGCCUGGGUCGACCAAGCUCUCUAGGAACCGUCCGAACUCCACUGCAACACCUUUUUUGCUUGCUAGCUUCCGUCCCACAGAGUAUUGCUGACGAUGAAGUCCUGUCCGACUUCUUUCUAUCCGUUUUUGAACCAUUCUUUCUUGGUAAAGCGAUCAAAGCUCGCUUAGAGCUAUCGAAUGAGCUUCUUCAGCUAUUACCUAGAGCGUCGCCAUCCCCCUAUGGGCCUUGGGUAUUAGCUGCACAAUAUUUCUCUUUUUCACUCGAGGAUAGCGAAGCUACAUCCAGUUUGAUAGGGGGCGGUAAAAUGCUAGGACCGAAAUAUCGAGACAUCACUUCCUUACUUGAACGCGGCCUCUUCGGACACCCUCGGCUUCCUCUUGAUAAGUGGUUCACGUUAUUCGAACGGCUCUCUGAAAAUGUGGUUCAGCAACUGGGUGAUGCGGGGCGAGCACUCGCUGUUAUCGAGCCCCUGGCAAAAGUGCUGCUAGACUGUCUUGACAGCAGCGUGGAGAAGCCGUCUUCAAUCUCUCUUAAGGCAAUACGCUCACUUUUCGAUGCAGCCAAGCUGCCGCGAGAUAAAACUGCUCUAAAUACUGCUCGGCAGCGUCUAUGGGGAGCUUCUGUGGUGGCCGCCCGAGUAGGCUCGUCUGAUCCGUUUGACAACCUCUACAAGCUUGGGAAUCAAGCUUUAGAAAGUUUCUACGGCAACUCUUCCAUUUUCGAUUUAGAGAAUGAUAUUGUACCCUUUCUUGAGAGCAUCAAGAGCUUCUUAGUGAGAUGUUUCCCUCAGUCAGGUGUUAAAGCCUUUACAAAAGUCGAAGCUGGCCUAUGUAUGUGGAUUGAGGAUGACAAAUCAUGCUAUGAACAUGAUGAAGAGUCACUUCUCUCAAAAACUCUCAUUCAUACAUGGGAUGGAAUAUCAAAGGAACUCGCUGGCCGCAAACAUCUGACAAAAGACGAAUUCGACGAGAUAGAACCACUUCUGAAGUCUGCAUUCAAAAGCAAACUUCCUACUAUUGUUGACAAGGCAAUUGAGCUGUGGAAUGUGGUAGCUAAGGAUGAAGAGAAGCUAGACUGCUCAGACAGUCUGAAAUCGGUGGCCUCGAAUGCUGGAUCAAAAAAACAAUCCGCGGAAACUAAAGCAUUUGGAAAACUUGGUGGCGCGUUCGGAGCUCAGGCUUCUUCACUAAAGGGACUACCAGACGAAACAAAUCUCGUUGUGCUCUCUUCAAAUUCAUCUCACCAGGCCGAGUCCACUGCCACUUCGAAAAUGCCCACACGGAUGUCAACUCGAAAGCGUCGCAUGGAAGAAACCCCUGAACCGAGCCGUACAAAGCCGACGAAGCGAACCAGCACUCCUCGACUUCGUCACGACAAUUCUCAGAUCCAGUUUACUCUUGUUGCCUCAUCGUCUCCGAUACCUGAAGAUGGUUCGCAACACCUUACGGAAAGACAGAAAGAAGUUCGAGAAAGGCAGCGUGAGACAGAAGCAGUCUACUCAGACAUGCGGACAAGCUCUCCAGGUCCUGCCAAGGAGAGCUCACCCAUACCAGAUGAAACGGUGGCUUCUAAUGACAAGCAGGCGGGAGAAACAACCCCACGCCACACCACGUCUUACGAUAAUCUAAUCAGCUCAACACCAACCCCAAGGCGUGGCCAACUCCUAAAUAUGGAUGAUAACGAUCCUCCGUCCUCACCCCCCAUUCCACGGCCAUACCCGCUCCUAUCAGAGAUUAAGUCUCGCUCUAUGGCUGGCGGCUCAUUGGACAGCUGGGAAUUCUCAUCGCCUCCAGGGUCGCCAGAUCCCAGUGACCAAGAAGCAUUAUCGGAUGUUCAAUUGCCUGGAGAGAAGCCGACAAAGAGGUCUACUAGGAAAGCAGACACCAGAGCUAAGAAUGCCAAUGCCGGCCUGAGAGAUGUUAUUCCUUCUAGCCUCGGAGAACAAGACAAUUCCUCCUCAGACUUGACGGACUUAUCGGAUCGAAAUAUAUCAUCUUCACCAGACCCCCCACCGCAACUUCUUGAAACUCCGACCAAGAAACGGCUAGUUCGUGAGGCUGUCCGUGUGGAAGAUAGUCCAAGAUCGGUCGACGACGAGUUUGUUGAUGCUAGGAGUAGUCCUGAAAAGCCGUCGUUAGUACAGGCCAAUGAUACGUCGUUCGCGCUCAGCGAGGGAGAUGAAACUCGAAUGAUGAAACUUGUAGAGGAACUUGAGUCGGGUGACCGCGCUGGCCUACAGAAAGAAACAAGCUCUGAAGACAGUUCUGACGAACGACCCAGCGCGCAGUCAGCAGAAACUCGAGCAGCAUCGCCUCCAAUGACCCGCGGGGCAGCUAAGCGCUCCCCCUCGGCCGCCAUUCCGCUUGCUCCUUUGGAAUCUCUUGGCAAUGGCGAAGGAGGGAGCAAAAGAAAGAGAAAGCGAGGCGGAUCCCGCCAAAGCAACAGCCGUUCAAAGAAGCAAAAGUCGGAGCAAAGGUCAGAGAAUAUAGAAGCGACAAAAGAGAGAGAGACAAUAGUGGCGAGCGAAAAGGAAACUCCCGAAACUCCUUCGGUGGGUGUAGAGACCAGGGGAAGCGCACGAAGACAAACCGAGCAGCGCCAGCGAGAGGAUAAGACUCCACGCUCACAAAAACGAUCAAGCAAGCGAAAUAAGAAAGCGCGAAGCGAAGAAACGGACGAUGAGGUGAUGUCGCAGCUGGUGAAUGAAUCUCAAGCAGUGGUUGAGAGCCAGAAAUCAAACAAGAGUACAGAAGAGGAGGUGCCUGUCACUGAAGAUGGACCUCGUCAACCAACGAAACACACGGAUGGGAACGCUACGGCAGCAGACACGGCAGAGAGUGAGCCGCAAGCCAAGAUCCUGGCGAUUAUGGAAACGCUACAAACCAGCUUGGCGCAUCUACGCGAUGUAGCACUGCCCCGAAGCGAAGUAUAUAAAAUGGAAGACAUGUUGAUGGAUUUGAAGCGAGAAUUAUUCGAAGCAGAGAGACGAGGAAGGGACAGCAAUUAG